AUGGCGCCUGCUUCCAAGAAAACCAUGUGCCUGGCAACUACAGCUGCUCUCGGCCUUGUCUGCUCCAUUGUUGCAUUCCUCCUGUAUUUUGAGCCUCCGUCUCCUAUUUGCCCGUCUACAUUAACCAAUGUGAAAAAUUAUGAAGACGUGGUUCCAAAUGAAAAGCCCAUAGUCCUGCUGUGGUUCUGGCCUCUCGGUGUGAAGUUUGAUUUCAAAGCUUGCUUAACCUACUUCAACAUUGAUAGCUGCGUUCUGACGGAUGACAGAACCCUGUACAGCCAAGCAAAGGGAGUCAUUUUCUACCAUAAAAACAUAGGCGGUAAUCUGCAAAACAUGCCGCAGGAGCCACGUCCAGCUUUUCAGAAGUGGAUUUGGUACCAUGUGGAAUCCCCAACGAACACGGGUAGGAUACCAGGUCUGGAAAACAUGUUCAACUUAACACUGAGCUACAGAAGAGAUGCUGACAUUACAGCGAGGAACGAACUUACAAUCAGGAAGACAGACGUGAAAGAGGACUUUGUUCUGCCCAAAAAAGACAAACUAGUGUGCUGGAUUGUCAGUAACAAAAACCCAGCCACGGGAACAGCUGUGAGAGAAAACUAUUACAAGGAACUGUCCAAACACAUUAAGAUCGAACUCUUUGGUACAGCCUAUACAGGGCACCGUUUGAGUUAUGAGGAGUAUUACGCAACCAUUGCCAGCUGUAAGUUUUACCUCUCAUUUGAGAACUCGCUCCACAGAGACUACAUCACGGAGAAGGUCAACGGGCCCCUCGUGGCGGGGACGGUGCCUGUAGUUUUGGGUCCACCGAGAGAAAACUACGAGGAGUUCCUUCCCGCAGACGCCUUCAUUCACAUAAAUGAUUUCCCCGACGCAAAGUCGCUGGCUAAGUUUCUGCUGGACAUGACGGACGCGGCGUACAUGCGUUACUUUGAGUGGAGGAAGUUCUACGAGGCCACCCCUCACCUCCUGUCAAUCUACAACGAAUUCAUUCAGCCCAUCUGCCUCGCCUGCGACCACAUGUCAAGAGACGUGUAUUACCAUGUAGAUCAUGACCUGUAUAAGUGGUACUUGACAUGA